AUGGCUUCCAAUCUUUCCUACGCCUACAUGGAUCUACUCACCGAGAGGGGUCCUGAGCCGCACUCAACGUACCGUCCGCUAGAGUCUACCGAGCUCGUUAGUGCUAUGGUCAAUGAAGUGGGCCUUAUCAAUCCAUUAUCACCUCCAAAUACCAGCAGUCCUGAAUAUAUUAACACAAAUGGCGCGGACCUCAAUACAGGACAUAGCCCAGACUGCUCUAAUAAAUCAGAGAAGAAGAAGAAAGGAAAAGAAAAGAAGAAGCCGAAGAAAAGAAAGAGCGUGGAACUAACUAAUGAAACUUAUCAGACUUUGGUAGAUGAGUUCUAG